AUGAACCCUCACUCUGCUGAAAAUUUUGAGAGAUCAAGAUCUCCUAACUCAAUUUUUAGCUUCAAAAAGCGAACAGAAAUUGAUGACAUUGGAACUUCACAACCCGAUGUUCAAGAAGACUCCGAUUUUAUUGCUCAUGGUUUUCAAGUGGAUUCGUCUGAAACAAAUAUAGAUACAACUUCUUCUGAUUUAAACCUGGAACAUGCAGAGAAGAAGCAACAAGAGGAUCCUGAGUCACCAGUUAAGAAGCUGAUGGAUUUUAUGCAGGAGAUGCGUGAUGUUGACAUAGAAAAAUGCUAUCAAGACUACAAAACAAUGAUGGAAUCCAGAGAUCGAACAUUUACAAAAGAAGAAGUGCAUGCUGAAUUUAGGAAGCCCUCUACUAAAGGGUAUAAGAAAACUGAAUCAAGAUACGGACAGGAAGAAGACGAGUUUCUGAGUGAGAGAGAUCGGCUUCAGAAGAAAGUGGACGAACUGUGCGUUAAGAUGGAAGCAUUUGAGAAAAAAGAGAAAAACUACAGUCAUACAGAUUCAUUUGAAAAAGAAAUUGACAAGAUAAAGCAAGAAUAUGAAGAGAAAUAUAGAGAGUUGAAUGACAACUGCAAGAAAGCUCUUGAAAAAAGAUUCUCAGAGGAAAUGGAAAAAGAGAAUAAGUUAAAUGAAGACAUUAGGAUACUACAGAGGCAGAUACAAACUUACCAGGAAAUGUUUUUAGAGAAAACCGAAACAGAGACAAAAUUAAAAGAAGACAAUGAAAAACUCAAGAAGCAUAUAGAAGCUAAUCAGGAAACUCUCUCAGGUCAAAUGAAAAAAAAUAUAAAGUUAACAAAAGACAUUGGAAAACUACGAAAAGAGUUUGAAGCUAAACAGGAAAUGGAAUCAAAAUUAUUUGGUGAAGUUGAACAUUAUAAGAUGGCUCAUGAGAUGGCAUUAAAUCAAUCAAAAGAGGAAAUAAACAAACUUGAGAAAGAAAAUAGAGAUUUGCGUGCUCUGAAAAGAUUAAGUAAAGAAAUGCACAGUGUUACAAAUCUUAAUGAUUCUAACGCUCCAACAAAAAUCGCUGAGAAGUACAACGAACUUUAUGACAACGAAUGGACAGAUGCCUUUAAUUCUCUCACAAAUGAAGUGUACCAAGACGAGAGUGCUAUAAAAGAACUACUGGAUUUAAUACAGGCUGCCUAUUCUUUCUGUAAAGAUGCAGCAGUGCAUCAGAUGGAGAACUUGAAAAAAGCUUUGACUAAUGUGAGCAGUUUACCGCGAGAUGCCUCCGUUGUGGAGUACAGCAUUGAUCCCCAGACAGAGAAAAUGUUGGAAGAAAUAAGAAAAUCCCAAAAGAUGUCUGCAGAGACUUUGUUUAAGAACUUUGAAUAUAGUGAAGGUUUCAAAGCUGUGUAUAAAAGAGUUCGACAGUACACAGUCAAAUGUUUGGAGAUAUGCUGGUUGAUGAACAUGCAUAAUCCUCCUGUGGCCCUGGGAAAGCCCCCAGCUGAAGGUUCUCCUUUGGACAACAGCAUGUACAAAGAAUACACAAAGACCGGGUUUACCGUCCAGUAUGUGGUAUGGCUUCCUCUUCUACUGCAUGAAAAUGGUGCUCUACUGCAGAAAGGAGUAGCACAGCCUUAUCCAAGAGAUAAAUCUAUCCGCCAAAGACGUACCAAGACAGAAGAUGCUAACAGAGAAUCGCAAUACAGUGGCAGAUAUCCUCAUUCAGAGGAGAAGGCGCCUUUAGAAACAAAUGUUGAUGACUGUUUUAAGCAACCAGAUAGAACUCAGAGGAGUACCACUAAAAGCCAUUUGAGAGAAACAACUCCAGCAACCGUCUCAUCCAGUUCCAUGGGUCCAGACAACUACAAGUUCCUGUAUGGUGAAAACACAGGAAAUUAUGCAACAAAUGUUACCCCAAAACAGCAGACUACAAGUACUACAGCUACCAGCAAAGUUUUCCUCUAUCCAAACUCUUCUUCAUCAGCAGUACCAAGAACACACACAAGUUCAAGUAGAACUUCAACAGGAAACUUCAGAGCAAACUAUAGCUCUCCUGUUGAUGAUCCUUACUAUGACACUCCCAGGGUGGUUAAUGUUAGUGGUCGAGAAUAUGUGAAAUAUCAAGGGCAAUAUUAUACAUAUUCACAGUGGAUUGCACUAAAAUUUGGUAGUUCUAAUGCAUAAUGGUGUAAGAAAUUUAAAACUUGCCUAUAGAUUAAUUUUGUUUAGAGAACAUUUUAACAUAUAUAUGAACUCAAAUUGUAAUUACCAAUAAUGUGCAUUUUAAUUGUCUUACUUUUUCACAUAUCAGUAGUUGUUAUU